CCACUCUCUCCUCCUCUCCUCCCUUCCCCUCUCUCUCUGCCCCGGCCUCAUUCUCCAGGGCUGUAGAGAGACAGAGUGGUAAUGACAGUGUGUAAAACAGCAGGAGGCUGAGCGAGCACAGGACUCAGCAGAGAGAGAGGAGGGGGAGAGGGAGAGCAGGAAGGAGAGGUGAAGAGGGAAGGUUGCGGAGGACAAGGCAGUGCUGCAGGGAGAGAGAUCACGUGUAAACGGUCGCCAUGACAACAGAGGUGGGAUCCGAGACUGAGGUGAAGAAGGAGCCCGAGAAGGAGAAAGGGGAGGAGCCAGCUCCAACAGCUGACGCCCAACCCACCGACAGCCCCGCCCCUGAGCAGGAAAACCAGGAAGUAGCAGCGCCCUCUGAGAACACCACCCCGGAAGCUCCUGAAGCUACCACACCAGAGAAGAAGAAGGAGGAGGAGAAGGAAAAGGAAGGACCUGUGAAGGAGAAGGGAAUCUCUCGUUUCCUGCCUCCAUGGCUUAAGAAGCAGAAGUCCCAGACCCAAGUGACUCCCAAGGAAGCCACGCCUCUGGAGACCACGCCCACAGACGGGGGUGUGGCCACAGUAGAAGGGGAGGAGGAGAAGGCGGAGCCAGAGCAGGAAGUGGGAGAGGCCUCUCCCCCGGUAGAACCCCCAGUGGAAAACCAGGAAGUGAACGGAGUGGAAGUGGAAGAGAGGGAGGAAGUGAAGUCAGAGGAAGGAGAGAAGGAGGAGAGCCACUCCACAGGCAGUGCAGACACUCAGCCUGCCAAGGAGGAGAAAGAGGAGUGUGUAGAGAAGGGAGCGGAGGAGAGCAAGCCACCUGAGGAGGGGGAGCGAGAAAAGGAGGAGGAAGCGAAGGAGGAGAAGAAGGAGGAGGACAAAAGCUGCAAGCCGGAGGGUCACUCCAUCCUCAAGUCUCCUCUCAAGCUCACCAAGAAGAUGAAGGUGGCCAUGUGUCACGUGAUGAUGCUGGACGGAACCAAGUUCCCCUGCGAGGUGGAGAAACGAGCCAAGGGCCAGAUCCUGUUCUUCAAGGUGUGUGAGCACCUUAACCUGCUGGAGAAGGACUACUUCGGCCUGAGCUACAGAGACAACGCUGACCAGAAGUGCUGGCUGGACCCUACCAAGGAGAUCAAACGCCAGAUCCGCAACAACAACUGGCAGUUUUCCUUCAAUGUCAAGUUCUAUCCUCCAGACCCUUCUCAGCUUACUGAGGAUAUAACCAGAUACCUGCUGUGCCUCCAGCUGCGAGAGGACAUCUCGUCAGGCCGCCUCCCCUGCUCCUUCGUCACCCACGCCCUCCUGGGAUCCUAUUCGCUGCAGGCCGAGCUCGGUGACCACGACAGCGACGAGUCCCGCCCCCCGGACUACGUCAGCGACUUCACCUUUGGCUCGGCCCAGGGCAAGGAGAUGGAGGAGAAGGUGGUGGAGCUGCACAAGAGCCACAGGGGGAUGACGCCCGCGCAGGCCGACGCCCAGUUUUUAGAAAACGCCAAGAAGCUCUCAAUGUAUGGAGUGGACCUGCACCAUGCCAAGGACUCGGAGGGCGUGGACAUCAUGCUGGGUGUGUGUUCCAGCGGGCUGCUGAUCUACAAGGACCGCCUGAGGAUCAAUCGCUUCGCCUGGCCCAAGAUCCUCAAGAUCUCCUACAAGAGGAACAACUUCUACAUCAAGAUCCGCCCCGGAGAGAUGGAGCAGUUUGAGAGCACAGUGGGGUUCAAGCUCCCCAGCCACCGUGCUGCCAAGAGGGUGUGGAAGGUCUGCGUGGAACACCACACCUUCUUCAGGUUGACGGCUCCAGAGCAGCCCCCCAAGGCCAAGUUCCUCACCCUGGGUUCUAAGUUCCGGUACAGCGGGCGGACCCAGGCCCAGAGCCGCCAGGCCAGCUCCCUCAUAGACCGGCCUGCUCCCUACUUCCAACGCACCUCCAGCAAACGCAUCUCCCGCAGCCUGGAUGGAGCUCCAGUGAUCAAUGUGACUGAUGCAGACUCCGGCCCCACCUUCUCCUCCACCCCUGGGGAGAACGGACAUGACCCCGCCCUCGAACUCAACUCUGACUCCAAGGUAGAGGAGGCGGAGCCUGGGGCUGCGGCCACUCCCACUGGGACCAGUGAGAAGACAGGACAGACAAACUCCGCCCAGCUCCAGAGCAAGCUGAGAGUGCAGGGGGACAAUAUUUAUGUCAGACAUAGCAAUUUAAUGUUGGAGGAUCUGGAUAAGACUCAGGACGAGGUGUUGAAGCACCAGGCUAGCAUUAGCGAGUUAAAACGCAGUUUCAUGGAGGCCACGCCGGAGCCUCGUCCCAGCCAAUGGGAGAAGCGUCUCACGGCCAGCCCGGCCACCAGCCUGAGGCUGCAGGGACCAGGGAAAACUCCACCCAGAACGGACUUGACUCUCCCUGACCUCAAAGACGUCAGCAAGCAGGCUGAGGUAGAGGUAGAGGAGACAGUGGUCAUCCAGGAAGUCAGGAAGACCCCCAAGCUGCCAUGCCCCACCCCCGAGCUAGUGGUUACCGCUGCCGUGGAGACUGAGCAGCCUCCACAGGAAGUGGAACCAGAAGUGAACCAGGAAGCCAUACAGGAAGUGGAAUCGGAAGUCAACCAGGAAGUAAAUGAGGAAGCCAACCCGGAAGUGAAAGAGGAGACGAGGAGGGCAAGCAUGUCGUCUGAGAGUGAGAGCGAGGAGGAGGCAGAGUACCAUCCUCAGGUCGAGGUCAACACCUCCGUCAACCAGAUCAGGGAGGAGCCUGAGGAGGAGGAGAGAGAGGAGAAGGAAGAUCAAGAGGAGCUGAAACAGGAGGAACAGGAGGAAGAUCAAGAGGAGCUGAAACAGGAGGAAGAUCAGGAGGAGGAGAAACAGGAGGAACAGAAGGAAGAGGAGGAGAAAAAGGAGGAACAUGAAGUAGAACCAGAACCAUCUGAGCUCCCCGAGCCCCAGCUUCCCAUUGUUGAGACAGACCAAUCCCCUGCAGUUGUUCUGGCGUCAGAGGCGGUGCCUGUAGCAGAGGAGGAAGGGAACACCGAUGACCCCAUGAUGACCCCUGAAGAGGCCCCCAAUGGCCACCCCCACCCCCAAGACCCUGCCCACUCUGAGGGCCUGCCCGGAUUGGUUGCGCUGGAAGAGGAAGAGGUGGAACCGAGAGUAAAUGGAGAGACGGAACGCCACCAACCCCAGGUUAUAUGUUGCUCUGAGCCGCCCGUGGUGAAGACUGAGAUGGUGACCAUCUCCGACACGUUCGCUGCUCAGAAGACAGAGAUCGCCACCAAGGAGGUCCCCAUCGUCCACACAGAGACCAAGACCAUCACCUACGAAGCUGCACAGUUGGACGGGGGAGCCGAUGGGGAGCCGGGUGUUCUGAUGACAGCCCAGACCAUCACCUCUGAAUCCCUCUGUACCACAACCACAACACACAUCACCAAGACACUAAAGGGCGGCCUAUCAGAGACCAGGAUUGAGAAACGCAUUGUCAUCACCGGAGACUCUGACAUUGACCAUGAUCAGGCCCUGGCCCAGGCCAUCAAGGAGGCCAAAGAGCAGCACCCUGACAUGUCAGUGACCAGGGUGGUAGUUCACAAGGAGACGGAGCUGGAGGAGGAGGGGGAAGGAGGGGAAAACUGAGAGUUGAAGAGCCUGUGAGGUCCAUAUAUGGAUGUAUGUUGUCACUCCCACAUCAGUGUCAGAGAGUCUGUCUGGAGAAGAGGAGGAGGAGAAGAGGAAAGAGGAGGAGGAGGAGAGACUGACCCUCCUUUGUGUCUGUGCAUCACACACCUUCCUGUUUCAUAAUUCUGAAGAGAACCACUUAGC